GUCGUUUCGUUUAUUGAAAAUGUUGCUCAAUAUGUGCUAAAGAGAAAAAAAAAUAUAUUGUUUAAAACUAUUACAAAAGGUGGUAAAACGCAUAGUACAAUACUUCAGUCUCCCUUAAUUUAAGCUUUACUCAAUUAACUGGUAUCUUGUAAUAAUACUAUAUUUUUAACAAUUAGUACAAUAAAUAUAAUUAAAGUUAAUGUAGGUACUUAUAAUUGGUCCUUGGUUAUCUUUAUAUGAUCUAGAACUUGCAAUUUGGUAGUGCAUCAAAGUUCAAGAGUUUAGGAGUACCAACCUAUUUGAUUUCUAAUAAAAACCAUGUUUAUUAAAUUUCUUUAUAGUUUACUUCUUGUGUGUUACGGUUAUUGUGAUUGCCUAGAUUUGACUUCCAAAAUGUCACCAACUAGAGCAGCAGGUUUGGUAAUAUUCAGACAAAGUAAUCAAAUAAUUGAGUUUCUGAUGCUGCAAACCUCUUAUGGAGUACAUCACUGGACUCCACCAAAAGGUCAUGUAGACCCUGGAGAGUCUGACUGGGUGACAGCAUUACGUGAGACCAAAGAAGAGGCAGGUUUAUCUGAGGCUGAUUUGGAGGUUUUCAAAGAUAUAUCUAAAACUUUAAACUACAAGGUUAAUGGAAAACCAAAGGCAGUUGUAUAUUGGCUAGCAAAGCUUAAAAAUCCAGAUCAAAAAGUCACUCUGUCACAUGAACAUCAAGACCUGAAGUGGCUUCCAUUACAGCCCGCCCAAGAAGUUUCUGGUUUUAAAGACAUGCAAGACUUGCUUGCAGAAUUUCAUGAUAUGGCUUUGAAAGCUGUAAACAAAUGAUGAAAAAUAGAUAGAUAAGUGUGUGUGUAUGUAAAAAAUAAAAAUAUAUUAUUAAAAUAUU